GCUGCUCAUUGGGGCCUGAAGCCCACCGUUUGCCUUCAGCCUUCUCUCUGGUAGCUGGGGCUCUUACGUUGAGCUGGGAGCUCCCUUCCUUCCCUGCCACUUGCCUGUCUUCAGCUUUUGGCUCACACCUUGCAGGCACCCACUGUGGUCUAGCUGGCAGCAAUGACAUCCAGGCAGGGUCAUCUCUGUGGUCUAGCUGCCCAGUGCCUUUGGCUCCUGGGCUUCAUCCUUCUGAUGGAUGUGUCUGCCCGACCUGCCAAUCACUCGUCCACUCGGGAGAGAGUAGCCAACAAAGAAGAGAAUGAAAUCCUGCCUCCGGACCACCUGAAUGGGGUGAAGCUGGAGAUGGAUGGACACCUCAACAAAGACUUCCACCAGGAGGUCUUCUUGGGGAAGGACAUGGAUGGGUUUGAUGAAGAUGCAGAGCCACGCAGGAGCCGGAGGAAGCUAAUGGUCAUCUUCUCCAAAGUAGAUGUGAACACUGACCGGCGGAUCAGUGCUGAGGAGAUGCAGCGCUGGAUCAUGGAGAAGACGGCAGAGCACUUCCAGGAGGCUGUCAGGGAAAACAAGCUGCACUUCCGAGCUGUCGACCCUGAUGGUGAUGGCCGUGUGUCCUGGGAUGAAUACAAAGUGAAGUUUUUGGCAAGCAAAGGCCACAAUGAGAAGGAAGUUGCUGGUGCCAUCAAGAACCACGAGGAGCUUCAAGUGGACGAGGAGAGUGAGUGCUGUUCAGGCUGUUGGGUUGGGAGGGGUGGACUGACCAAGAACGGGAGAGACGCCAGCUGUGUAGAUGACUUGGGAUGCCCGGGUUGCAUCCCUGGGCACGGGCUCGUCUGGCUGUCAGGGGGUCCAGGUACAUCCAAUGCAGCCGUACGCUUAUGGGUAUUGAUUGGGACAGCUGGCCCAGCCAGCAUGGUGGUCAACAGAGAAGUGGGAAGCUGGGGCCGAGACUCCACUGCCACCAGAGCGCCUCCUGAAGUUCUCAUGGCCGCAUCGCAGGUGUGGGGACAAGUUGAGCUGGGCCACACUGAGCUCCGUCCCAUGGGUGCUGGGUGGGACUCUGACCCGUGCUGGCUUCUGCUGCAGAGCUACAUGGACCCCCUGAAUGAGCACAACGCUCUCAAUGAGGCAAAGCAGAUGAUCGCCAUUGCUGAUGAGAACCAGAACCACCACCUGGAGCCCGAGGAGAUCCUCAAGUACAGCGAGUUCUUCACAGGCAGCAAGCUGAUGGACUAUGCCCGCAACGUGCACGAGGAAUUCUGAGUGCCGCGGGCCGAGCCCCGCUCCUCCCCGACCUCCGCGCAUUCUGAGCGGCUGUGGCCCGUGAGGCCUGGCAGUUAGCCAGGGCCCCGGGGGCUCUGGAGCAGCUACCUGUGCUGCAUGGGGUGCCGUGUUCCCCACCCUGAGGCCCCGGAACCCCCUUCUUCCUGCUUCCCUGAGGACACGUGCUCUGUGUCAUCUUGGGGCCACGCCGUGCCCAGGGUUAUUAAAGAUGUGCUUAGCAGGUCGUAUGUCUCCUCUGCAGCGUCAGAAGGCCGGCAGCCCUUGACCCCCCGCCUCUGGACUGUCAGAGCUGCCGAGCCCUCGACCGCCGAGGGCGUGGGUCACGUCAGGGCCCGACCCCGGGCUUGUAGAAAAUAGUACACCCUCUUGCCAUUUCCUUGAAAACAGGUUCAGACAGAAUUAGAACCUGCUUUGCUAGAAGUAAGCUAUCUCCUUCCUGUUGAGGACCCGGGGGCCACGGAGCGGGGUCCUCCCCCGGCCCAUAGAACUGCAGGAUCUCAGGCUGCAGUCUGAGAAAACAGAUUUGUUGGCACAAGAGUGAUUAAACAGGAGUUGCUGUA